UGAGUAACGUAUUCACCAAAGAAUAUGACUAACCUUGCCGCAACAAGUCUCAGAUUCCCAACCGAAAUUUGGCCCUAAAGGCACUUCCUUCAUGUUCAAAAUGCAACGACUCAAGACCUUGUGAAGUCUUUGUGAUCCAUAGAGCAUAUGCUAUGCAGUCCUUUCUUAAUAGCUGAUUGGAUCCAACAUCCAUUGUUCACCGGAGCCCAUCUCAUGACUGUUAAUAAGCCUCUACCACCUUGUCUCUUGGUAAUAAGCAGAUCACCUUCAGGGCUUCACAUGGAACUGAGGAAUGUGUUCCAUCCAUCACAAGGGCAGAAGGGUGAUUGGGUGAAGCAGCAUCAUCAAUCCCUCACCAAUAAUCCUGACACGAACAAGAUCCAUCUUUGAAAUGAUGGAAACGGUUUCGAUCCCGGAUAAUGAUUUCUCUCUCGAAUUUUCUCGAAGCAUGCUUCAUGAAGGAAUGACAAUCAUGACAUGUCCUCAGAUUUUUCAUGAUCCUGAUUGUUCUUCUCCUAUCUGUGAAGUUCAGAAGGGCGAAUGAAACUGCCAGCUUUUCACUGUGAAACCCAACACUCUGCUCCUUCUCCUCGUCCUCAAUGUCGUGGAACACACUUGACUUGUGCGGCUCAUAACCUUCAACUCUGAGAUUAUCGAUUAUCUGCUGUAAGAAGUCUCUGACUUUCUGUGUAUAUACCAGACGAUGAGCAUCAUCGCCUCCUGAUAGAAACUCAUGAAUCUCAUGACCCACGACAAGCAAACUACGGCCAGGGGUUUUGGCAAUUCUCUUGUCUUGCAUUGCAGCUCUCAACUCUGCCUUCUUGGCGUAUGAACCAGUUCCACCAUAAGCGUUUGAUAGAAGCACAUAAUCCCCAUCGUGAUGAGGAUCUAGCUGAGACAGUUUCUGCUUCACUUGGUCUGCCAAUGCAAGAUUGUCACCAUGCUUCACACAAGCUCCCAGCAAGGUCCUCCAGAUGACAGCAUUUGCUUGACAGGGCAUAUCUUGUACAAAAUUAAAAGCAUCAUCAACUAAGCCAGCACGGCCAAGGAGAUCAACCAUGCAACCGUAAUUCUCUAGAGUUGGUUCCAUACCAUAUUCUUCCUUAAUGGAACGAAAAAUCUGCCAACCGUUGUUAACAAGGCCACCAUGACUGCAAGCGACUAAAGCAGCACUAAACGUGAUGUGAUCAGGCCGCAAACCAGCUCCCUCCUUCAUCUCACGGAACAAUCUCAACGCUUCCUUGCUGCGACCAUGCACCGCUAGCCCGUUAAUCAAUGCAGUCCAAGUCCUCAAAUUUCUCGCAGGCAUCCGUUCAAAAACUCUCAUCGCAUCAUUUAUAGACCCGCAACGUGAGAACAUGUCAAUCAAUGCAGUACCUAAUGCGACAGUGAGCUCCAACCCAUUUCUGGAUAUAUAAGCAUCAACCCACCUCCCCAACUCCACUGCUCCGAGGCUUGAAAUGGCAGAAGCCAAGCUAAGCAGCGUAACCUCAUCAGGCUUCACACUGCCAUCAAUCUGCAUCUGUUGAAACAGAGCCAGGGCCUCUUGCACAGAGCCGUUAUCGACAAAGCAAGCAAUCAUCGAAGACCAAGAGACCAGAUCCUUCUCAGGCAUUUCCUCAAACACCUUCAAAGCAUCUGCCACCCUGCGGCAUCCACCAUAAACCCCGAUCAACGCGUUCUGCACAUAGACAUCGGAAUCGAAACCCAUCUUCAGAAUCACCGAAUGAAGAUGCAUCCCCAGCCGGAGACGAGCGCAGGCCUUGAGAACGAACGGGAAAGUGAAAUGAUCCACCGACACGCCAGGACGGCGGCGCAUGUUGCAGAAAAGGGAAAGAGCCAAGAAAGGAGAGGUAGCAGCAUGAGCUCGAAUGAGGGUGUUGUACGCAACGGUCACCCCGCCACCAAACAGUCGACUCCUGAGCAUUCCCGGUAAUUCCCUGUUUGUUUUCUUGUGAAUCUCAGCUUAGAAAAUCAUUUUCUUAGCAUUUGCUUCGUUGCAGCUUGGCGCCUAUGAAGUUGAAUCAGACUCCAAAAAAUCUUGUCCUCGAGCUCUAUGGGACUAUCCCUUUAGCCGCACGAAUGUAAUGGCUGGAUAUAUAUGCUGCUCCAUCUUUCAUUUUGGACUGUUUGUCAUUUGAUCUGAGCCAUUUGGCGGCAAAAUAAAGCACCUGGGUGACUUGCCCUCGUUACCGUCCCAAAAAAAAAAAAGGAAUCUUCAAGCUGUAUACAGACAUAAUCUACCUAGUACGCUUCAAAAAGAGAGGAAAAAAGAUUUCCCAGUAGUGGAAUCGCUUUGAUUCCUUUCCUUCUCGACCACCCAAACAACCCACUGAGUCAGUCAACCACUACUCAGUGUCCCACCAUUCCCCUUCGACAUAAUUGCUUCGAGGAGGAAGAAGAAUAGUACCAUUAUAAUUAACAGUGACCGCGUCUUGAAGCUGCCACAGUUUUCUUCAUUCACACUCUAUUCCUUCCUUCCCCAUUCUCUCUCUGUUUCUGUACAUCUCUCUCCCAAUCUCAGCCUCCCCUGUUUCUAGUUCAGGACCCUGAAUCUCGCGAUGAAGGAAACAGACAGAAGAAUCGUGGUGGACGAGGAAUUCGUGCAUCAGGAAGAGAAGCAUUUCACCGUCUCCAAAACUUCCUUGUUCUUCGCCAACGACGGAUUCACCGUGUACGACUGCAGCAGCGGCGAGUUGGUCUUCCGGGUCGACUCGUACGGGCCCGACGCCCGGGACAGAGACGAACUCGUCCUCAUGGAUGCCCACGGCCGCUGCUUACUCACUGUCCGGAAGAAGCGGCCGAGUCUGCAUCAGCGGUGGGAAGGAUUUCUCAGGGAGAGGAAGGAAGGGCAGAAGGCGAUGUUCAGCGUGAGGAGGUCGUCGAUGAUCGGACGGUCAGGGAUGAGCGUGCAGGUGUACGACAACCCAGGGGAGGAGUACGAGAUCGAAGGGAGCUACGGGAGCCGGAGCUGCACGGUGGUCGACGCGGCGAGGGGAGCGGCGGUGGCGGAGAUCCGGCGGAAGGUUGAUGCGUCGACGAACGUGGUGCUGGGGAAGGACGUGUUCUCGCUGGCGGUGAAGCCCGGGUUCGACGGGGCGUUCGCCAUGGGAUUGGUGCUGGUUCUCGAUCAGAUCUGCGGCGGUGAUUUGGCGGAGGAUGACGGUGAUGGUGCCGUUGGUGUUGUUCACGUGGGACACGAGGAGGAGGUGGAUAGCGGGCCGCUUGUUGUUGAUUCGAAAGCAAUGGAUCGGUAGCUUUGGGCCUUGUAGUUAUGGGCUUUCGGCAGCUGCUAGGGCGGGCCAUGGAGCCUGUUUCCUUAGGUAGUUCGGCCUCUAAAAGGAAAAAUAAUGAAAGACUAAUUUGAAGCUAAAAGUGUAGUC